GCUUGUAAAGGUUAAGAUCUAAAUGUUAUAUCAACAAUACUCAAGGGAUAGUUACAAUAGAAUCGUCGUCUUUACAAUUCCCAUCGUUGUCGCAGCUAUAUAAAAAUACGAUACUACAAGAAUGUGUAGUAAGCGGAAAUUUGUUCUGCUAACUAAUUUAACGUUCCCUUUACUAAUUUUAUUGUACGACCAACUAUUUUGAUGUGGUAGCGAUUUCAAUUCGUUUGUAACGGGCAAUGUUCAAUUCUAGUAACUUGAAAGCUUGUAAGGAAUAGUAUCUAAAUGUUUACACCAACAAUACUCAAAGUAAGUUACAUUAUACUAUUGUUGUUAUUAGUGUUAUUACAAUACGGAUCGUUGCGUCUGGGAGAGCGGAGGGGCGCGGGAGGCGCGCGGGGCGGUUUCAAACAGUAUGGCGCUGAUCGUGACCAAUCGUACUUACGUCGCCCGCGCAAAAGUAGUGACAGGCAGUUAUAGAUUUACUUUGCAGUGAAAAUAACAAAAGAAAAACUUGUGUCUUACUGAAAAUGGACGAAGACAUCGCGCAAAUAUUGCAUGAGUGGGGUCUGUCAGAAUACUACGAGAUAUUCAAACAAAAUAAGAUCACCCUCAAAACAUUCAACAUAUUGGAUCAGGGAAUGAUACAAGAACUGAUUAAACCAAUUGGAGACAGAGCCACAUUCAUAAGCAACUUAAAUAUUUGGAAACAAAUAUCAAAUGAUGAUGAUGAUGAUUUCUCUCUUAGUCUCAGUCAGGGGAGCAAAUCGGACAUUAAUGUCGAUGUGUUGAAUGAGAAACACAGAAACGUACCACCAAUAAAGAAUAUUACCAACUUCCAAAGCAGUCAAGAUGGAUCCCCUUCUGACAGUAGCGUCAACACAUCAAUUAAUCUACCACCAGUAAAGGACCUUACCAACGAAAUCGAACAGUUGACAAGUGAGGUGUACACUAUUCAAAAUGUAUCCCCUUCUGGCAGCAGCUCAACAAAUGUGUUAAUAACAUAUACUCCAAAGCUUAAACGACAAGCACUGCUGGACAUAUUAAAUAAAUCUGCAAAGGGUAGAAGCUUGCUGAAUUUACACAAAGAAGAAGGAAUGUUGUCAAGCAAUAGCAGAAGGAAGCUUUGCAAUAUUAUCGUGGAAGAUCUAUUGUUAGAAGACCCUGAUGUGAGGGUAACACAUGAGACGCUUCUUAGUAUCGCUAAUAAAAUUAGAAACAUUUUUCCAAAGGAGAAUAUAACCUAUGAUAAUAACAUUGGACAAUUUAAAAAACAACACAAUUAAAAUGUCUGCGUCUGAAAUAUUGUGCUUCUUGAGAUACUUUGGGCUACUCGUAGGUGAUUUUAUUCCAUGCAGUGAUUACAUCUGGGAGUUAUACAUAGUGUUAAGGAAAAUAAUUGAUAUAGUUACAUCUAAUGCCGUUCACAAAGAUAAUUGUGAUUUACUACAGUCUUUAGUUACAGAACACCAUCAAUUAUAUCUAACGUACAGUAAAAAGACUUUCAACUCCUAAAUUUCAUUUUUUAACGCAUUAUAAUGAUAUGUUACAGAAGUUCGGUCCUUUAGUGUCAAUAUGGUUAAUGCGUUAUGAAGCCAAACAUCGUUUAUCGAAAUUGGCUGCAAAUGUGUCUAGUAACAGAAAAAAUCCAUGCAAAACUUUGGCAAUCGAGCAUUAGUUACAAUUAAAUGAAACCUUUUUAACUGGUCUAGAUGAGAUCUUCGAAUUUGGAAUUAAAAAAACAGUAACUGAUAAUACUGAACGAAAAAUAAGACAAUCUCUAACCUUAUCAUCUCACCCUCUUUACCAAGUUAGUUGGGUUUCUAUAAAAGGAACUAAGUACUCUAAAAAUAUGGUUAUUACUUAAAAUAUAUAUG